AUGUUGCGGAGAUAUUUAAGUGGCGUCAAGUUGUCUGUAAAUUCACUUACCACCAAGGCUGAACAACGUGUGAGCCCUAGUUUAGUUGCUGAAGAAGUGACCUCUUCAAACAAUUUACCAGAAAAUGACAUGUGCAAUCCAUAUUUAAGAGAAGGUCCAAAGUGUUUUUUGUGCGCACACAAAAUUGAACUAGACUACAAGAAUGCUCGACUCUUACAGCAGUUUGUAUCAAGUUUUUCUGGUCGAGUUUAUGAUAGACACAUCACGGGUCUAUGUGAUCAUCAACAUCAAAAGUUACUGCAUGCAAUUAGCUUGAGCAGAAGAGCUGGUUAUAUGCCUGUGCUUGUCAAGGACCCAAAAUAUCUUCGUGAUCCAAAACUGUUUGAUCCAUUAAAACCUAUUAAACCACACUCUUACGCUUGA